AGAGGGGCACGGAGCUCCCGGCCGCGGGUGCGGAAAACCGCGCGCGCCGGUGGCUGGCUCCGGGCGCGCGCCAACAGGCCGCCUCUCCGAGCACGCGAGGCCGGCGCGCGCUAUCCGCGGGCCCCGAGCCCGCGCCUGGUCGCUCCUACCCAGCCGGCGUAUCACAUCGCCAGGCCCCGAUGGCCCCCGAGACCCCGGCCCAGGCGCAGACCCUGCGCUACUUCACCUGGGACGAGGUGGCGCAGCGCUCCGGGCGCGAAAAGGAGCGGUGGCUGGUGAUCGAACGGAAGGUGUAUAACAUAAGCGAGUUCACCCGCCGGCACCCCGGAGGCUCCCGGGUUAUCAGCCAUUACGCUGGGCAGGAUGCUACGGACCCCUUCAUGGCGUUCCACAUCAACAAGGACCUCGUGAGGAAGUACAUGAACUCUCUCCUGAUUGGAGAACUGUCUCCGGAGCAGCCCAGCUUCGAGCCCACCAAGAAUAAAGAGCUGACCAAUGAGUUCCGGGAGCUGCGGGCCACGGUGGAGAGGAUGGGGCUCAUGAAGGCCAACCACGGGUUCUUCCUGCUGUACCUGCUGCACAUCCUGCUGCUGGACGUGGCCGCCUGGCUCACUCUCUGGGUCUUCGGAACGUCCUUCGUGCCCUUCGUCCUGUGCGCGGUGCUGCUCAGCACAGUUCAGGCCCAGGCCGGCUGGCUGCAGCAUGACUUCGGGCACCUGUCUGUCUUCAGCACCUCUGCAUGGAACCACCUGCUGCAUCAUUUCGUGAUCGGUCACCUGAAGGGGGCCCCUGCCAGCUGGUGGAACCACAUGCACUUCCAGCACCACGCCAAGCCCAACUGCUUCCGCAAAGACCCGGACAUCAACAUGCACCCCUUCUUCUUUGCCCUGGGGAAGAUCCUCUCCGUGGAGCUCGGGAAGCAGAAGAAAAAGUACAUGCCGUACAACCACCAGCACAAGUACUUCUUCCUGAGUGAGUGUCCCCGUCCAGGACAGGGAGACUCCCUGGGGAGGGGUCCUGAGGGGACGCGAGGAGGAAGUGACUCUCCAAGGGAUGACCGCCUUUCAGUUGGGCCCCCCGCCUUGCUGCCUCUCUACUUCCAGUGGUAUAUCUUCUAUUUCGUUGUCCAGCGGAAGAAGUGGGUGGACCUGGCCUGGAUGAUCACCUUCUACGUCCGCAUCUUCCUCACCUACGUGCCGCUGUUAGGAGUGAAAGGCUUCCUGGGCCUCUUCUUCAUGGUCAGGUUCCUGGAAAGCAACUGGUUUGUGUGGGUGACGCAGAUGAACCAUAUUCCCAUGCACAUCGAUCGUGACCAGAACAGGGACUGGGUCUCCACCCAGCUGCAGGCGACGUGCAACGUCCACAAGUCUGCCUUCAACGACUGGUUCAGCGGACAUCUCAACUUCCAGAUUGAGCACCAUCUUUUCCCCACGAUGCCUCGCCACAACUACCACAAAGUGGCUCCCCUGGUGCGGUCCCUGUGUGCCAAGCACGGCAUCGAGUACCAGUCCAAGCCCCUGCUCUCGGCCUUCGCCGACAUAGUUCACUCCCUGAAGGAGUCCGGGCAACUCUGGCUCGAUGCCUACCUUCACCAAUAACAGCAGCCCCCGCCUGGAAGAGGAGCCCCCGGACCAGGCAGAGGGGAACCUGAGGGACAAUGCCACUACAAUCCUACUAUCCAGAGCGGGGUGGUUUGAGAUAAAGGCUCUGGCCCAGACUCCUCCCCUUUAUCUCCAGCAGGUCUACCACGCAGAGAGGGAGGGGACACGCACGUUCCCUGGAAAAGGGAUGGAGCUGUUAGGGGAGGGGUGUGAGUUUUGUUUCUCUUUUUUGUGUGUGUGUCAGAUGCAGGUGGUUGGUGAGCAGAGAGAGCGUCAGGAAGGUGUUAGAAUAAUAAGGAGACCAGCUGGGCCCAGAAAUCAAGAGAUUUAGCAGUAAAAUUCCACCCACCCAGUGUCUGGGAGCUCAGCUCACUUUAGGGCUCUGACCAGUUUCCCUCAGGCUACUGGAGAAGCAAGCUCUCCCUUUUUAGAAGUGGGCAGGGCAGAGGCCAGGACUGUGGUGUUGAAGACACCUGCCCCCCCUCCCCCACCACCGCAACCCCCAAGGAUACUGCCACUACUGAUUCUGGUUCCGUGUUCCGUCCAAAGUACCGAGGGAGCAUUAGGUCCUGGGUCUUGCCAAAACAGCCAGCAGGGUGUUCCUGGCCAUCAAAACUCCCCUCAGCUUUUGAUCCACCUCUCCUAACCAGCAUGCAAGCGGCAAAAACUCCUAGGACAGGAGGGAGUCCGCUUCUUGCUCUGGAAACAAAUGAGCAGAUAGGCAACUUAGUUUUCGCCUCCUCAAUGGGUUCUCUGAGCUUCCCUGCCUCUAACUCCCAAGUUCCACGCAGCCGCAGUCCGUGAGCGCAGUGGCCAAGCUGUGGAAGACACUGAGUCACCAGGCACAAGGGAGACGCAGGUUUGCUCACGAGGGACGUAAGGGCUGUGAUGAGUUUUCUUAACAUGAAUUAUGUACAGCAUUACUGUAGGGCAGGAGCCGUGGAGUCGAAUGUGAACCAGUUCAUGGUUCUAAGCCAGAAACGGGGAGACACAGACACAGAAGCUUGUGAUCAUCCACGGCUGUCUUAGGCACUUACUCUGUCAGCUCUGUUCAGGUAUCUUUCUCUGCUGGAAACCAGGUAGGAAUUUAGGAUAAUCCCUUACCAGUGUCAUGCUGAAAUGCAAUUUUUAAAAGAUCUUGUUUUUAAAAGAUAGAAACAGUGUGACCCAUCCCCAGAGAACUAACACCAGAUCAUGCCCCAGGAGUCCCCCCUUAACUCCAGGGCUUGCCAUCAGCACUCACCCCCUCUGCGACCUGCCCCCCCCAGCCCCCCACCUUGGCCAUUCAGUGCAGCGGAGGGUUGUUCGCCUGCUCAGUGACAUCCACCACAGGCACAUCAGGCAUGUGGGACACUGCGGGGAGGGGGCCUCAAACUGGAAGGACACAGAGAGCCAUGGAAAAGUUGUGUUCAGUCCUGGGAGAGAGGCCACCAGGGCGAUCAAGGGCCCUGGGGUGUGUUGGGAUGGGACUCAAGGCACCGCCUAUGGAAUGAUUACGCAGAGGUUUGUCAGAACAUCAACAGAACAAAUAGAUGGGGGAGGGGAGAACAGGUUGCAGAGGAGUUCAGAUGGUUUUCAUUUCAGCAGCACCUCGUUUAAAUCAGAAGAAUUGAAGAGUUCUCUCACUGGCUCCCGCACUACAGAACAGGUGCUGAUCCUUCCCCACCCCUCCAUUCCCUGCUACCUAAGGUCUGGGUGUGGUAUCACGAGCCUGCCCAGCUCCCUGGCUCUGGGCCAGGCAGAGCAAACCCAGUGGGACUACUAGGCCGGGUUCAGAUCCUCAGAGCACCUCUACCACGUGGCCUUCUUUCCUGGGCCUAGACCAGGGUGGUCGCACAUGGCCAAAAAGCGACACACCAGUGGCAAAAGGCUCAGACUGCACAAGUGAUACCAAAUCCAAUGACCAGAAAGCAGGCUUAGGACAAGUCACAGAUCACAGCAAAACUAGUAUUUGAAUUCACUUUUGAAAAAACUCUAACUUCCGUGUUUAUUAUCCUUGUUUUGUCUUACCACUUGGCCAGAGACAUUUUCUUAAGCCCAAUAUCAUUGUCUUUUUGGUACGUGCCAAUUUUGUUAACAGAUUUUGAUGAAGUACAGCUGAAAAAUAAAGCUAAUUAUGACCCGA